AUGAUGGCUAGAAGUAAAUAAUUGAUAAUUUUAUUUGAUGUGGAUGGGACUCUAACCAAAUCAAGAAACAAGAUUGAACAGAGUAUGGUUGAUACUCUGAAGUCACUUUGUAAAUUACAUUAUGUUGGUAUAGUUGGAGGAUCUGAUUAUCACAAGAUUAAAGAUCAGGUAGGAUAAGAUGUAUUUGAGAUGGUUGAUUUUGUAUUUACUGAGAAUGGUCUUUAUUCAUUUAAAAAUGGAGAGCAUUUCCAUACACAGUCAUUAAAUAAAUUUGUUGGUGAAGAUCAAUUGUAGAAAUUCAUCAAUUUUACUUUGUUACAAUUAUCACAAAUCCAAUUACCAUUAAAAAGAGGUACAUUCAUAGAGUAUAGAAAUGGAAUGAUUAAUAUUUCACCAAUAGGACGAAAUUGCUCAUAAUAAGAGCGUGAUGAUUUUGAAUAAUAUGAUCAUCAACAUUAGGUUAGAAAGUAAUUGAUAGAGAAAUUAGAGAAUGAAUUUAAGGAAUUAAAUUUUAAAUAUUCAAUCGGUGGACAGAUUAGUUUUGAUGUAUUCCCAAAAGGAUGGGAUAAGACUUAUUGUCUGAAAUUCUUAGAUGAGUUUGAGAAAGUGUACUUUUUUGGAGACAAAACAUUUGAAGGUGGAAAUGAUCAUGAAAUCUACAUUCAUGAACGAACCAUUGGAUAAUAAGUCAAUAAUCCCUAAGAGACAAUCAAAUAUUUAAAUGAAUUAUUUUUAAAAAAUUGA